UCUACCAUGCAACACACUUUCGGUCUGGGCCCUCGGGGUCCGAACCCAGCAUAUGGAGCUCAGCAGGGCCAGGGGCCCCAUCAGCCGGCUCCAGGGCCUUCUGGAGGACAACGUCCUGAGGAGCAGCACCAGCAGCACCAUAAACCAUUCUUCUACAUACAACCCUCGCAGCCAUACCUGCCCAUGCAGAGUCUACAGUGGCCUGUGCCAGUGCCCAUGCCCGUGUCCUACAACCCAUAUUAUGGCUACCCUGGUUUAGGUUAUGGCAUGCCAGUGAUGCCCAAUUAUCAGCCAAAUCCGUACAUGGAGCCCCCUGGCUUUGUUGUACCCCAUACCCACCUCCACUUGAUGGACUACAGACGCAUGCUCAACCCUCAGUAUUACCAGACCAUGGCGUACCACUCCCGCAGGUUCCGCUACCAACACAACAGCCAGACCAGAGAAAUGACCAGCUCUGAGGUUCAAACCGAGCCACUGUUGGCAACCCAGAGGACUAGCACCCCAGGUUCCAGCGAUGUUGAGGCCUCUCGUGGCCUCCCAGUCCGCAGCAACAACAGCCCUGGUAGCCCCACCAGUCAGCCACUCUCACCAGCUCUGGCUGUACAGAAGGGGGAUCAAUCUCUGGAGCUAAAGGACAUGGUGCCCUCUUCUUCAACCAGGACGCCACCAAAUUCCAGCUUUGUGAUUCAGACAGAGGAGGUGAGGAUUGAAUGCUGCACCACACCGGUGGGACUACAACUCCUGCACUCUCAUGAGACUGCAGAAGUAUCCCACAGCUUUUCCCAAGAUGUGGUCCAGUGUAGCUCCACCUUCCAGGGUCAUGUGCUGCAGGACGAGGAACUGCACCUUCCUGCAGAACAGUCAGAGCAGGCCCUCCAAGCUUGUCCUGACAUCCUGUUAGUCGGGAAUCCCAGCAGUGGUGAGAAGAUCCCUGCUCCAGAGGAGUCCAGGAACCAGACAGACUCUGCGACUGUUGCCUCAAACUUUGUUUCCCGAUCAGCACCUCAUGAAGAUGUUCAGGAGACGAGCAGUGAGAAAGAUUUCAAUAUGACAUCCAAGAAUUUUCACUUCAAAGUUGUUCACCUGCCCUUUGAUCCCAAGUACCUGGAUGAGCUGAGGAAGAUGGAGUCUACAGUCUGGUCAAUGGGGGAAACUUUGAUUUCCUCCCCUGAAUCGCUGAUUCAAAGCCACACAGAGUCUCUUGAUGAAAUACUGGCUGCUGAAGUACCUUCAACAGAUGUGCUGAUGAUGAGAGAGACUCUUGCAGAAGAGGUUGUCCCCAUGAUUGAGUUACCUCCUCUGACAGAAGAUGAACUGGAGGACAUGGUCCCCACUGUAGAGGGUCCAGGGGAUGAGAUGGUGUCUGAAGCUAAUAGGUGCCAUAUGAUGGACGUUGCAGAGGAAAGUCCUGUAACUGAGAUGACGCACACAGCAGUGGUGGCCCAUGCACCUUAUUUGCUGCUGUUGGAUAAUUCCCCUCUUAAGGCAGAUAGAAACCAACAUAGACGAGACACGAAUGUUCAGGAUCACCAAGACACUUCAUUCGAAUCAUUGCCUGCCUACCUUCCCUCAACCAGCUGGCUAGCUGAUUUUGACAAUGUCUACUAUUGUAGCAAGUUGCCGCCGACUCCCAAGAAGCACAACAGACCUCUGAACAGCCGUGGCUUAGAUGUGCCUUCCAGAAGAAGAAAACUAGACCUAGAGUUCAAGGAACCACCUACGGUUCGCAAGCCAAAGGAGAGAUACAAACCCAAAGGCAAGGUGGAUCGGCGAAGCUUCUCUGACCACGAAUGCUGCCUUAGCAGAAAUUUCAAUGAGAACGCAUUCGCCCCUUAUGCACCGAAGAGGGAACGACUUUGCACCAGAUGUCUGACAAAGCGCAGGAUCUGCUCCUCCGCCAGUCCAGGACUCGAAGGUCGGACCUUAAAAAGAAAAGCUGUUCCUUUCCAACAAAGGAAUGACGCACUCUUACCGACAUGUGAAGCCUGUAAAUCUCACUCCAAGAAACAACCGAUGAAGACAGGUUCCAGUCCUGAUGUUCGUGGCCAUCCUCAUGGAAAUGACACUGAGGGAGAAUCUUCUGAGAACAGCUCAUGUCGCACGGGGUCAAAAUGGAGGGCAGUUGAUGAUCCCAGGAGGCUCAACGAUCUCAAGAGGCCGCUGGCCUCCAAACAAAACUUGGAGAAAUAUCCUCCAGCAACAUACCCAAAGCUGAGGGAGAAGAACUGUAUGUGUAAUGAGCCACAGCAUCAGUCUGUUGGAUGGGAGAGGCUGCACCACUGUCCCCACGGCAACGCCAUCCGAGAAAUGGAUGAGAACCGUGCAGUGCCGAUUUCCCUUCAGGACAAAUGGAGGAACAUGGAUCAGAUUUACCUGCCACACAGGUGGCAAACAGAGAAGUCAUGGAAAGCGAUGAUGCCUAACCCUGACAGCUCCAAGAAUGAAGCCAGAUCACAGCACUUGAAUAAACACAAGAAAUCACAACCACAAUCACAAGGAAGUCGUAGAAAAGACACAAGAUGCUGAUUUGCACAUGAGCACAAUUUAACAAAGUGAAAAACACUUUGUUUUUUUAUUAAAAAAAAGUUGUACACUUAAUUUA